AUGGCCGAGCAUCUCUUCGAGGACAUCUUCCACGUGACCAGGAUCGACCCCGAUGGCAAGAAGUUCGACAGAGUUAAUCGCAUUGAGGCUAGAAGUGAGCAGUUGGAGAUGUACAUGCAAUUAGAUAUCGCAACCGAUGUCUACCCAAUGCAUAUGGGUGACAAGUUCACCAUGGUUUUAGCUCCUACACUGAAUCUGGACGGGACCCCAGACACUGGCUACUAUACACAGGCUGGUAGGAAAACACUUGCUGACAAGUAUGACUAUGUCAUGCAUGGAAAGCUUUACAAGAUUUCAGAGGACAAUUCCAGCAAGGAUAAAGGACCUACUAAAGUGUAUGACUUCUCUGAACUCUAG